UAGGGGUCCUUUAGCGUCCCGUUCCAUUUCAUGUGGUCGGAAAAUGCAAUGACAGUUCGUGAAACAUAAGUGCUGAAAUAUAUGUGAAUUUAGUAUUCAAGUAUUUAUGCUGUGGUGCGGUUGGUGGCUGUUAUUAUUUCCAAAUAGAUAAAUUAAUCAACAUUUUAUCGUAAAGUCUAUAGCAAUCAUGUGGGCGGUCGCAUCAUCGAGGUUUGUCCUUCAAAGCUGCUGGAAUCUUACAAAUCUAAAAUCUUCCCUGAGUCGUAUACAGAAUCUGUCACAAACAGCAUGCAAGAAUACAGUUAUUGUUGAACGCUGUUGGAAAGUUCCCUUAUCAAAAGAGGGAAAACCACCCAGACUACAUCCCCGAAGACACAGAAUAUACCGCUUGGUUGAGGACACAAAACACCAACCCCAGGACAAAAUGGAGCUCAUCCUCACUCAGACAGUGCCAAAGCUUGGUGGACGAGGCGACACCGUUUUCGUAAAAAAAACAGUGGGCCGCAACAAACUGCUACCCCAAGGUCUGGCUGUCUAUCCGUCACCAGAAAAUAAAGACAUGUUUGCAGAAGAAAUAAGGCUACUUCGUGAGGGGCGACCUGAGGACAGAGUCCAAACACGCACAGGACAGCUAACAGUGAAGUUCUUGAAGAAAGCUCGGCUUGAAGUUCCCAUUCACACUUCAAUUCAGUACUCGCUCACCAAAGAGAUCGUUUGCAGACAGUUUCUUAGACGGCUCGGUGUGGUCGUGCCGACACAUGCCUUAACUCUCCCAGAAGAACCGAUCACAGGGCCUGGAGAGUACUGGUGUGAUGUUACAGUGAACGGAGUGGACACAGCCAGGGUGUCCAUGUCUGUGGUGCCCUUUAUGAGUUCCAGUCAGCGGCUGCUGAUGAAGAGACAGCAAGAGCAGUCGGAUUCAGAAUAGCGUUUUCUUCGCUAAAAUGCUUCGCCGGAAACCGCUUGGAGAAUAUGCACGAGGAGUUUGUACAAAUAAAAGGAUUUUUGUUUAUUUUGA